AUGGCCACGCGGCAGCGGUAUCUCGAGAAGCAAUUGCAAAAAAGGGAAUCGGAAGCGUCGGAAUUGCGUAGAAAUCUGCACGAACUGAGAACCAAGUUUUUCCAGCUAGAAAGAGCUUUCGAAACCAACUUGCAGGUCCAAACCGAACAGGAAGUUGAAUUUAAUCGCACGAAACACGAAAUCCAAGAACUUCGAAAACUCAACGACGAGAUUGUACAGACGAGAACAGUGCUCAACUCGAGAUUAAUGAAUACGAUAAUUGAACGGGAUCAUUGGAAAAACGCUUUCCUUCGACAAAGGGAUUUUAUUACGAGCAACAAAACUGAAUGUAGCAACGCAGUGGCUUUGGUUAAACGGGAAUGCGAGGACAUUUUGAAAAUGACACGCGAAACUACAGAGAAACAGUUUCACGAACUACUCGAGCUGUACAACAAAACUAAAGAGAAGGCAACUCGAUUAGAGGAAGAGAUAGAAGCGUAUCAAAUCUCUCAGCGUAAGCACGAAAACCGAAGUUUCGAGCUGGCAAAUCUACUUGAAACUUUAAAACGUUUUGACGUAGAUGUCGACGCGCUCUGUCAACUCGUGGCAGAAGCUCUGAAGAACUUGACCGAACCAGGAAACUUAUUCGAGAAUGGCAUGAAGAAUCUGAGGCAGCUCACUUGGAUCGCGAAAGACAAAAAGGAUGAAUCGGAACUUACAUUAUUAAGGGAACAAAAUUCCGUUCUGAAAGAAGUGGUAAAGAAUCUUAAAAGGAAGGUUAGCGCGCAGCAACGACUGCGCAGCGAAAUUCUCGAGCGGGAGAAAAAAGAACGGAAUGGUUUCGCUUCUCGAGAAACAAAAACUAUUAAUGACGAUUUACUGGAAAACUGUGUUCCGACUCUUAAUAACUCGAUCGACACCGUAACACAGGAAAAUCAUAACAAUGUCAUCGAAAAACAGGAUGCAUGUAACGACGACGAAACAAUUCAAAUUGUCACACGCGCGAAGAAUAAUCGAAGGAAGGAAUUCGAUAGCGAGGACAAGAUAAUCGAUAAAUGUGGAAGGGUAAUAUGUAUCGAAUCGCACUCUAACGGACUAUUCUAUGAGGAGUACAUCUUCAAAUUGUCGGUUAAUCGUGAAAUCAAACUUAAAUAUCCAGUUUUAUUAAAUAAUAACGAAACAGUGGUGAAAAUGGAAUUUGUGGACGACGAGGCCGAAUACGAGGGAGCACCACUGGACAGGAUCCUGAUAUUUUUCAAAAAUAUACAUGUAUCGGUGAACGUUAAACAAACUGGCGUACCCUGUGGAACUCAAACGACGAGAAUGAAAACUUCAAGUAACGUGGCACAAACGACAUUAACUGGAAUAAAUUCAUUUUCUCGUUUAAACGUUGGAGUUGGGGUGAGUAAACAAAUUUUUGACGUUUUCUUUUGUUUUCCUCGUUUGAAAACUCAUCUAUUCGCGAAGAACAGACUAAUAGAAUGUUCGAUUGACUUUCAUGAGGCAUCGAAAAUUUAUUCUUCAAAGAUCAAUUCAAAUGGCGAAACUUUCUUCUCGUCUUUUGCUUGAAAACUUUGCUUAUUAUUAUUAUUAAUUAAAAAUUUCGAUUAUCAAUCGUGGUCACUUCUGAACUACAGUAGAGAUGGGCCAAUUUGAAUCGAAUUACAUAUAACGGAUAAAAUCAAUGAAUAAACGGUUAUUUAUCUUAAACUUGAUAUUUGUAAUUAUUAUCAAAAUAAAUAUUUUACCUACCUCUGGGACAGUAAUAUUGCAAAAACUCCAGUACCAUUUUUAAAAUAAAAAUAAAAAAACUUGAGUAGAAAUUAAAUUUAUUCUUGCAAGGCUGUUUAUUAAUAGUUCAUAAAUAUGAUUUUUUCUUGCAAUUUAUCAUUAUGUUUCUGAACAGAAAAGUAGUUUAUAAAUGUAGCAAUGUAAAUGUAAAGUAAAAAUCCAAUCUACAACUUCUUUUAACUGGUUGAGGCCUUGUGGUAAAGAUGGACAAAAUGCUUACUAGACACAAAUUUUGAAUAACAAAUAAAAAAUAAAUACCUUUUGGUCUGUUAUUUGUUACAAACAAAUUAUGUCAUAAAUAGAUAAAAGCUUAUCCGAAUAAUUGUAUUUGUAUAAAUGUUGCAAAUGAAUUGCUAUAGUUUCUAUUCGUUGUUUGUUAUUCGAAUUAAAUUUUGCCCACCUCUGGCCCGUAAGGCUCACGCCUUAACUUGUCCCUGCUUGUGACUAUUGAAACAAAUACAUUGGCUCUGCUAAACACAAUUCUUUAUAUACUUGUAUUUUGUACAGUGCCAUUGCAAAACGUACAUUGAUUUCACCAGAAUGGUCGGUACAAAAUGUAGACUUUGAUUUGUUGAAUCAAACAGAUGCUUAAUAGCGAAAAACGUGCGAUAGAGAGAAGUCUAUCUAAUUUGGAAGAUAUUGUCAAGACUCUAAAAUGCAAUGCAUUAGAUCAAGCUCGAGCCAUGAUUAGUAAGAAAUCACAGUUCCUUGAAAAUGGUGAAUUCCUUGAAUGUAUAAGGUUACUGAGUCGAUAACUGUGCAUUGCAAUGUCUACCAUUUUCUGAAGUGCAUGAAUAUAUAUGUAUAAUAUUACAAUAUUUGUAACACAUAACAGUAUCGAACUAGAUUUGUCGUUAUAAUCGUAAUAAUACUCUUGCUAUUUACUUGUACAUAAAAAAAUACCGCUAGGAGCAAUUGGUAUAGACGACCAUGUAUUUAAAAAGACAUUAGUCAUUAUUGUUUAUCAUUAAAAAUGUUAUCAGAUGAAUCUUAUAGGAUAGCUAUACACGCAGAGAUGUACAUUAUUUACGUAUAUAUAUAUAGGUGUACAUAGUCAUAUAUUUGAUCGUAUUUAAAAUCUUAAUAAUUAUCACACUAUUCUGAGUAAGAAUUGAACAUUUUUUUGUUUUUGUCAAAUAUAGAGGUGCAAACUACUAUUAUCUUCUCAUACAUCAGUAAAUUUUCUUCUAAACAAUCUUAAAACACACUUAUUUCGUUAAAUUGAAGUGCGUUCUCAUUAUAGAUGUGUGAGUGGAAAAUUUAUUAAAAAUGUGAAAUGCAAUGCGUGGAAAAAUACAUAUAUGUGUAAACUUUAAAAGGUAAAUCCUUCAGUUCAUCCGUCAUAUAAUCCUUUAGAUCGAGGUAUAUAGAAUUAGUGUACAAUUCGUCUACUUUCGAUUCUGCAUUCUGUAUCCAAGUUUUAAUUACAAAGAGAUAAAAAGACGAAUAAUUAUUCUACGUUUCUCUUUAAGUAACAAUCAAAGUUUGAUUUGUAAUAAACUAUCUCUUAGAAUUACACUUACUUCUUUUGGCAAAUAAAAUAAAUAGUUUCAGCAUGCUCUAUAUAUCUUAAUUAUUUAUGCGUUGAUUCUCAAAUCUUAGAAAGACAAUAUCAGAAACAGGCAAAGGCUUAGAUUCAAUCUUUGUGUAAAAUACUUUUAAAAAACACGAUGUUUAAAAAGGUCCAGGAAAAGGCGAUAUUACGUUAAAAUACGAUAAAAGGUUGGAGGAAUGUUAUUACAUACUAAUACAUAUGCUUUCGUAACCCUGCUCUUUCCCAUUCUUUUUCUGCCAUCUUCUUUGUUUCUUCGCUAAUAUCCUACCUUUGUUAUAAAAAAGAUUCAAAACUGAUUGCUAGAUACUUAUUUAUACCUAUGCUAUCCUCCUCUCAUCACU